AUGGAGGUCCACAUUCCUUCGCCAUCCGUCUUCCUGAAGAAGUCUCCCAAGAUCACACCGGCCGUUUCGGUUCCACCCAAAAAGCCCACUGUUCCUAAACCAAAACCCACCACUGCCGCCGCAAAGCCUGCCACCAAAGUUCAAGAUGGUGCUGUGGCCAAACCGAAGCAGAGCAAGAGCCGGAAUGGUUGCAUGACAUGCAAGAAGAAGCGUUUGAAAUGUGAUGAGACCAAGCCAUCUUGUGUCCAAUGCCAAAAGAGGAGCGUCCUUUGUGAAGGCUACAAGAAAGACUACAAGUGGAGGUCUUUUGAAGAAACAACUUUCAAUCCUAAACCUGCUACCAAGAAGAAGCCCAUUCGCUCCAAUUCUUUCUCUGCCGAUAAUGUUUCCUCUCGGCCUCUCGACAUUGUCGAUGCUGGUCCCACCUCCAACCUCCAACUCAAAGACACCAGUCUCUCCAAUGCCCAUCCAUCCAACUCGUGGUCGCCCAGCCUUCAUUCUGCCUUCGCAAACGCCGCUCAAGCCUUCCAGGAUCCCGGACAUGGCUCCGCUUCCUCCACAAGCCCCGAUCAGAAGGCCAACUUCACAGGUCCAAGACGUUCCUCGCCUCAGCUUCAUCUUCCACCCGACGAAGAUUUCAUGCCAACAUUUGACACCAAUGACAAUUCCCCUACUCUCUCUUUAGAUGACACCGUCAAUCCCUUUAACCUCUUCUCGAGUGCCGGAGUCGCCGAAGACAACAGUGUCAGGCCGUUUGGCUCUGGCUCUGGCUCUGGCUCCCCUCAACUGCUAGACCUUCUCCUUCCCGGCACCGACUUGAAUCGGCCACCUGAUCCCUCCGAAGUUCGACCCCCAAUGUCUCCAUUGCCAUAUCAGCCAAAUGCGUAUGAUAUCGCCCUGGACAACCUGGAUAUAGGAGAAGACUUUGACGAAGAGAUCAUGCGAACAGAGGCCUUCCACGGCCCUUCCGCUAUGAUCCCUAUGGCUGGCCCCUCUGUCGAUCCCAACAACCCCACCUGGAAUUUGCGCAGUGGGAGCCCAACGCCAAGUGAUGCGUCAACUGCCUCGUCCAGAUCUAGCAACCUGACCAUGCUCGCCCAGCCAACUCUGGAUGCCUCAUCACCAGAGAUGCUUAUGCUACGCUUCGACAGAAAUACUUGCGGCAUUUUGUCCAUCAAAGAUGGGCCCACGGAGAAUCCAUGGCGAACACUCAUCUGGCCACUUGCUCGUGAAUCACAGGCUUUGUACCAUGCCAUCAGUUCCAUGACUGCUUUUCACGGGGCUGUAGACAUCCCCAAUCUUCAGCUUCUAGGCAUGGCUCACAUGACCAAGUCAAUCAAACGACUUGCCGUUGAAAUUCAGAACAUGCGUCUGGAUACUGCGCUCGCCACUUCCCUUGCACUUGCAUUCUCUGAAGGCUGGGACUCUCACGUGUCCACUGGCGUUCAACACCUGCGCGGGGCAAAGAUCAUGGUUAACAAUGCUGUUGUCAAGCAUCGAAGGGAUAUGCAGACGGGACAGAUGACCACACAAGACGCCUCAAGGCUGAAAUUCCUUUGCAACACCUUUGUGUACAUGGAUGUCAUUGCUCGUCUGACCAGCCUUGAAGAAAGUGUUGAGUUGAAUUUCGAGGAAAUUCUCGGCACUGUCAACACCCCCUAUGGAGAACAGGCCGAGGUCGAUCCGCUGAUGGGCUGUGCCACCACCCUCUUCCCCCUAAUCGGUCGGGUGGCCAAUCUCAUUCAACGCGUGCGCAAAAUGGAGACAAACAGCUUGAACAUUGUGAGUCAAGCAAUGGAGCUCAAAGAACAGCUCCAGCGGUGGCAGGUCCCGAGUGCUGUUUUGUUUGAGAGGCCCGAAGAUCCCUCAUCCGAGGUCCAGCACUCCAUUCAGACCGCCGACGCUUAUCGGUAUGCGAUGCUGCUGUAUCUGCACCAAGCCGUGCCUGAAAUCCCAAGUGACCCACCAUCAACGCUUGCGAAGAAGGUGCUUGUCACAUUGGCGAGUGUUCCUCUCAGCUCACGAACCACCAUCGUGCAAAUAUUUCCACUUUUUGCGGCGAGCUGUGAGAUUACCAACCCAGACGACAGAAACUGGGUGAUGACUCGCUGGGAUGCCAUGAUGAGCAGACUCAAAAUUGGCAAUGUGACCUCUGGUUGGAAUGUAGUUCAGGAGGUGUGGAGUCGGAGAGAUGCCUUUGAAAAUGAGAAAGCUAAUCGGCUUCUGAGAAGAUACAACUCGAGAGGGGUUCCUGGUGGUAAUUUUGUGCCCCCAGUCUUGAGAAACCCAUCUGGACCCAAGAGGAAAGGACAAUCCGUCAGGUUCGGUGGUGAGAUGGGUGACAGUUCCCCAGAUGACAAUAGUCAAAUCCGCGGACAAGUCUUUGCUGAUGAGGCUCAUGCUGGUGGUGGGCGCCCGGCUAAAGCCCGUCGUAUGACAUUCAACUCAGCUAGCAGUGGUAGGUCGAUGGAUGAUAUGGAUGUUUUGGGUAAUGGUGACGCUGGAGGGGCCAUGCCAACGUCUAUGCCUCCCCUUACUCGUCGUCAUACCGGCGAUAUCCUCAACGAUCAAUUGGAGCCUGAAUACACUGUGCGUGGCAAGUUGCAUUGGCUGGGCGUGAUGACGGACUGGCAUUGGGAAGUAUGGCCGGGAGAGACUUGGCGCAUUGGCCUCGUGUGUCACAUGGCAAUCCUGGUGGUGCAAUGGACUUUGUUGAUUUCCAAAGGACUUGUUGCUAACGGUCCCUUCACUGUUUAG